AGCUCCAUGGUGACCGCUAAGCUUCCAGAACACGACACAGAGAAGCGCCACCCGGAGGCGGAAGUCAACCCGCGGCCGGCGCAGGCGGGAGAAGGGAGAGGAGUGACAUCCGUUUGUCGGAAGUCGCUCCUCCCCCUUCCUUCGCUUUUUUUCUUGUCAUUGGUUCGUGGCACUCGGGCCCCGCCUCCUCCGGCUACGCCCCUCGCGGCCGCUUUUCCCGCCUCCGCCGGGGCCGAGGCGCUGUUCGGCUGACAGUUGAGGAUGGCCGGAGCCGAGGGCGCCGCUGGGCGGCAGUCGGAGCUGGAGCCCGUGGUAUCGUUGGUCGACGUCCUUGAGGAGGACGAGGAGCUGGAGAAUGAGGCGUGCGCUGUCCUGGGCGGCAGUGACUCCGAGAAGUGCUCCUACUCGCAGGGCUCAGUAAAGAGACAAGCACUAUAUGCCUGUAGUACCUGCACCCCAGAGGGAGAAGAACCAGCAGGAAUUUGUUUAGCUUGCAGUUAUGAAUGUCAUGGAAGUCACAAACUAUUUGAGCUAUACACAAAAAGAAAUUUUCGUUGUGAUUGUGGAAACAGCAAGUUUAAAAAUUUGGAAUGCAAAUUACUUCCUGACAAAGCAAAGGUAAAUUCUGGCAAUAAGUACAAUGACAACUUUUUUGGAUUGUACUGCAUUUGCAAGAGACCUUAUCCUGAUCCUGAAGAUGAGAUUCCAGAUGAGAUGAUCCAGUGCGUAGUCUGUGAAGACUGGUUCCAUGGAAGGCAUCUUGGUGCCAUUCCCCCUGAGAGUGGGGAUUUUCAGGAGAUGGUGUGCCAGGCCUGCAUGAAACGUUGUUCUUUUUUGUGGGCUUAUGCUGCACAAUUGGCAGUAACCAAAAUAUCCACUGAGGACGAUGGAUUGGUGCGGAACAUUGAUGGAAUAGGUGAUCAGGAAGUUAUCAAACCUGAAAAUGGAGAGCAUCAAGAUAGUACCCUCAAAGAGGAUGUUCCAGAACAGGGAAAGGAUGAUGUCCGGGAGGUUAAAGUAGAGCAGAACAGUGAACCAUGUGCCGGCUCUAGUUCUGAAUCUGAUCUCCAGACAGUGUUUAAGAAUGAAAGCCUCAACGCAGAAUCAAAAUCUGGCUGCAAACUUCAGGAGCUUAAAGCUAAGCAGUUUAUAAAGAAAGACACUGCCACCUAUUGGCCCCUGAACUGGCGUAGCAAGUUGUGUACCUGCCAAGACUGUAUGAAAAUGUAUGGAGAUCUAGAUGUCUUGUUCCUGACAGAUGAAUACGACACAGUUCUGGCUUAUGAAAACAAAGGCAAGAUUGCCCAGGCCACUGACAGGAGCGAUCCCCUAAUGGAUACCCUUAGCAGCAUGAAUAGAGUCCAGCAAGUGGAACUCAUUUGUGAAUACAAUGAUUUGAAGACUGAACUUAAAGACUAUCUCAAGAGAUUUGCUGAUGAAGGCACGGUUGUUAAGAGAGAGGACAUUCAGCAGUUCUUUGAAGAGUUUCAGUCAAAAAAGAGAAGAAGAGUGGAUGGGAUGCAGUAUUACUGCAGCUAGAGUGGAGUAUGAAGCUUUCUCAUUCAGGCCAAUGAAAAUGCGCUUCCCAUUCUUGGAAUAAAACAGGUGUGGUUCACAUUUGGCCCCCUUUCCGUCCUUCUCUGUUUGGAGAGGCCUCUCGCUCCCUUCAUUCUCUUUAGCUGCAGUAGCCACAGUGUGGAUGCUGACUUCACAGCCAGCAUCCUCUGUGACUCAGCUAAUGCAGCUCAUUCCACAGACUUCUCCAGUGUACUCCUAUUCCAGUGCACCCAGGGUUAUUUGCAUAGUUUUUAAAAGUUUGAUUUUGUUUUGAGAAAGCAAAUUGGUGUCUUGUUUAAUGAUCUGUUAUUUCACUCCCAGAUGUGUGUGUUUUGCCACAGAGCUGUUGCCUUCCAGAACCUCCUCCACAGGCAUCAUGGAAGGCUCUCUUCCUGUCACCUAGAACCUCUACAGGUCCCCUCGCCCCUAUGAUCGUGGUGCCUUGGGUCAAAGCUUCCUCAAGCCUGGUCUGCUCCUUCUUUCACAUCCCUGUUUUCUGAGGUUUGGUCAUAGCUUAGAAAGGAUCUUGGGGCUUGUUUUCUCUAGGCCCACCCUCCAGAGUAGCCAGGACUGACGGUUUUCUGGUCUGGAUGUCUGUCAGAGGCGGAGAGAUUAACAGAUGACAGGGUUGAGGAAGCAAACCUUUGUUAUGAAUUUUACUAAUACAAUUCAAGUGAAAUUUUCGUUCAUGAAUCUACUGGCACUAGAAUUAGAAUUUCAGUACUGUAGCGCUCACAGGGCUUCCUGGAGAACAUUUGCCAGUAUACUAGUCCCUUCUCUGCUGCCUAGAAAACAGACUGGGUCUCACCCCUGUGAAAUCUUGGUAGUUUAUGAAGUCCUCUGGAUUUCUUGAUAUUAUCAGGGAUAUUCAUAAGCAUAUAUCAAAAAUGGACCUAUUUUGAUAUUCUGUUAUGAAAAUGUUAUUAGAACCCCAAUAAAUUAUUAUUUUUCCCCCUUGAAUCUGCUAAAGAAAACAGAUCCUGACUUAGCUUACUUGUAAUAAGCAGGGCAGGGAGCCCUAUUUUGGAAGAGACAGACUGUGGAAGAGAUUACAAACAAGGCCCGAGGCUGCACGAAUGAUGAGUUUUGUGUAUAUAAUGUUAAUGUCCACCGCCACUUCCCUAACGACUAUGAGAUCUUUUUUUUGAAGAUCCUCAUGGAAGGUUGUACAGAGCCCCACAUUUGAGGGGAAGUCCUUUCAGUUGAUAUGAGACAUCUUUAACAUCCCUCAGUCUAUGUAGGAAAUGCCUUGUGAUACAUAGAGAACCCUCAGCUUCUCUCUCCCUCUGGAGGAACAAGGUCUUUCCUGACAGUCAGAGACACACCUUGAUGUAUGUUAAUAAAAGCAUUUCAGGCUGUGGGGCCACCAUGUAUAUUAAUACUCCUUAUGUGUCCAGCAUCUGUGUAUUCAUUCGAGUGCCCAAUCCCUGGACGAGAUUAACUAGGCCUUAUAAAAAGUCAAAGCCUCAAAGAAAUGGUACAACCAUGUUCUUCGGCACUCAGGCUCCUAAUUACAGAUCCUCAUGAAGGGUGGUAUGUGGAGCUGGAAGGUCUUGUGGCCACAGGACAUGCUGGUGAGCCCUGAGCUGGCCUUGUGCAGAGGGCUCCGUUCAAAGGCUCGGGGUGUCUUUGAGGUUGUUUAUCAAGCUGGGGAACUCUUCCAAGUCUGAGAAUGUUUCGAACCCUUUUUGCAAGGUUGCACUAUUAGUAUACCAUCAUGUCCGGAAAACUUUUAAUCUUCUCAAAUAUCUGAUGUAACUACCAGAAAGUCCCUUACUUCCUAUGACCAAUCAGGACCAAGUCUUGGAGGUGAUGUGUUACAUUACGUGCAGCACAAUAGUACCGAUCAGUUAACUCAGCGCUGAAGGGCUUGUUUUAUGAAAGGUACUAUUCCUUCUUUCACAUUAACUGGAAACCUCUUUUUUUACCUGUUGUUCACAACUAGUUUUCUUAUCGACUGUAUUGGACUGUCUCUUCUUGUAGAGACUGAUUUUGGCCAACAUAUUAAUGCAUGUUUUAUGCAAAACACAAACAUGAUAUUAGUUGCUUUUAAGGAGUUCUAGCAUUGUAUGUGCAUUUUUGUAGAAAUUGUUACUGGACUUAUAAUUACAUACUUAACUCUGAUCAGGUUUCUGUAAAAUUUAAAUAAAACCAAUACAAAA